AAGGAAAAAGAAGCAGAGGAAGAGGAAAGGAAAGAGAAGCAGAGGAGGAGAGAAGAGGAAGAGAGGGGAGGAGAGAAUGAAAGAGAAGCAGAGGAAGAGAGAAGAGGAGAGAAGGAACGAGUAGUAGAGGAAGAGAGAAGAGGAGAAAAGAAAAAAGAAGCAGAGGAAGAGAGAGGAUGAGAGAAGGAAAGAGAGGUAGAGGAAGAGGAGAGAAGGAAGGAGAAGCAGAGGAUGAGAGAAGGAAAGAGAAGCAGAAGAUGAGAGAAGGAAAGAGAAGCAGAAGAUGAGAGAAAGAAUGAGAAGCAGAGGAUGAGAGAAGGAAAGAUGAGCAGAGGAAGAAAGAGGAUGAGAGAAGGGAAGAGAAGCAGAAGAUGAGAGAAAGAAAGAGAAGCAGAGGAUGAGAGAAGUAGAGGAAGACAAGGAAAGAGAAGCAGAGGAAAAGAGAGGAUGAGAAUAUGAAAGAGAAGCCGUGGAAGAGAGAAGAGGAGAGAAGGAAAGAAAGAGGAGAGAAGGAAAGAGAAGCAGAUGAGGAUGAGAGAAGGAAAGAGAAGCAGAGGAAGAGAGAGGAUGAGAGAAGGAAAGAGAAGCAGAGGAAGAGAGAGGAGAAGAGAAGGAAAGAGAAGCAGAGGAAGAGAGGAUGAGGGAAGGAAAGAGAAGUAGAGGAAGAGAGAAGGAAAGAGAAGCAGAGUAAGAGAGAAGAGGAGAGAAGUGGAGGAAGAGAGAAGAGGAGAGAAGGAAAGAGAAGCAAAUGAAGAGGAGAGAAGGAAAGAGAAGCAGAGGAAGCGGAGAGAAGCAGAGGAAGAGAGAGGAUGAGAGAAGGAAAGAGAAGCAGAGGAAGAGAGAGGAUGAGAGAAGUAGAGGAAGACAAGGAAAGAGAAGCAGAGGAAAAGAGAGGAUGAGAUUAUGAAAGAGAAGCCGUGGAAGAGAGAAGAGGAGAGAAGGAAAGGAAGAGGAGAGAAGGAAAGAGAAGCAGAGGAAGAGGAGAGAAGGAAAGAAGCAGAGGAAGAGAGAGAAUGAGAGAAAGAAAGAGAAGCAGAUGAGGAUGAGAGAAGGAAAGAGAAGCAGAGGAAGAGAGAGGAUGAGAGAAGGAAAGAGAAGCAGAGGAAGAGAGAGGAGAAGAGAAGCAGAGGAAGAGAGGAUGAGGGAAGGAAAGAGAAGCAGAUGAAGAGGAGAGAAGUGGAGGAAGAGAGAAGAGGAGAGAAGGAAAGAAGCAAAUGAAGAGGAGAGAAGGAAAGAGAAGCAGAGGAAGCGGAGAGAAGCAGAGGAAGAGAGAGGAUGAGAGAAGCAGAGGAAGAGAGAGGAUGAGAGAAGGAAAGAGAAGCAGAGGAAGAGAGAUGAGAGAAGGAAAGAGAAGCAGAGGAAGAGAGUGGAUGAGAGAAGGAAAGAGAAGCAGAGGAAGAGAGUGGAUGAGAGAAGGAAAGAGAAGCAGAGGAAGAGAGAGGAUGAGAGACAACAUGAUGACGACCAGAGACUGGAGGAGGAGAAGAGAAGUGGAAGAAGAGACAGGCCCGGGCCCUUGCCAGGAAGGAAUGGGAGGAGAUUGCAUCCAAUUUGAAUGCUGAGGUGGAGAGUGUCAGGGAGGAGGAAGAGAGACAGAGGAGGGAUAUUCUGACUCUCAGACAGAGAGAGAAGACUCUUCUAUCAGAGUUGCAGACCCAGGAGAGGAGGCUGUGUGAGACCCAGAGAGAGAGCAGAAUGAGGGUAGAGGACACGGCUCGCCUACAGUCUCAGCUGGAUCAAGUCCAGAGCUCACACACGCAAACUAUGCGGCAGGCAGAGGCCAAAAUGGUGGAGGUGAGGACCGAAUUGAGUGAUGAGUAUGGGAGGAGAAGGAAGAAGGAAUGAAACGGAUAACCGAAGACCUGAAUAAUGUGAGGGAGAAACACACAUCUGCCAGGGAUCAGUUGAGGAGUACAGAGGGUAUUCUCCAGUCUCUGAGGAUGCAGCUACAGGACAGAGACAGUCAGCUGGAGAAUGCUACUAGCAAGAUCUUUACACUAAAGACUUCUCUGAAGGAGGCUGAGGAGAGUUGUGUGGCUGCUAAGACAGAGGUCCAGACUCAGACGACACUACUGGAGGAGAUGAGCAGAGAACUGGGGACACUCACACUGGCUCAGAAUAAAUCUGUGGAAGAGGUGAAUGAGCGUGGGGAGAUGCUGAGACACAUGAAGCAGGACCUGUCUGCUCUGAAGGCCACUCAGGACUCACUAAAGAGAACCCUCAGUAUGAAGGAACAACACACACACCAGCUAACACACGACAACACACACCUCCGACAAAACCUGGACACGCUAAAGAACAAGCUCCUGGUUAGUGAGGACAGGGUGUGUACUCUGUCAGUAGAGCUGGAUAAGUUGAAAAUCGGUCUGGGUAAAGAGAGAGAUCAGUGUCAGCAUCUCCAGGACCAGGUUUUACAGCAGAGUCAGGUUCUGGUGCGGGCCAACAACACACUCACUGACACACGCAGGGCUGCUGGCAGGAAGAUCCACAAGAAGGACAGCAAGCUGUCUGUGUUAUUGAAGGAGCUAGCAGAGGUUAGAAAUAACUUCUCUGACUGUAAAAAAGAGUUGCUCAGUAGAGAGUCUGCAUUAGCAAAACAGCAGGAGGAGACGGCUCAGCUGAGUUCCAAGAUGGAGGACUGUUCCCGUCAAUGUUCAGCUCUGAACAGGGAGAAAGAGAGACUGGAGACAAACCUCACACUUACUAACCAGAAACACUGCACAGCACAAGGAGAGGUGAUUCUACAGUUGAGGACAGAGCUGAGUAAAGCGGAGCAGAAGUAUCAAGGGACACAGGAGGAGCGGGCCAUGCUGGAGGCUGAGGUCAGCCGUCUGAAUCAGAAGGUCAAGGGUCAACAGGAAGAGGCGUGUCUUCUCAGGCAGAUGGUCAGAGAGGGGGAGGGGCUUAGAGACCAGGAAGUGAUGGAACGACAACAGAUACAGAAUGCACUCUGUAUCGCAGAGCAACAGGUGAAGUCCAAGAACAUGUCUAUAGAGCAGCUAACAUCUGAUCUAGACUCAAUGAAACAGAACCACAGAGCCGACACAGAGCGCUGGAGCCACAGGCACUUCCUGCUCAGCAGCCAAUUAGACCAGGCUUCCUCUGAGCUAAGCCGAUCCCAGGCCGAGGUCAGAGAGCGCAGGUCAGAGGUCACAGAGCUGAGGGGAAAGCUCCAGAUGGCAGAGGAGGGAUACCAGGAGGCUCUGGAGAAGGUUGAAGAAGCUAAAGGGUUGGAAAACACACAAGACACUGAGAUAGAGCUUUUGAGACAACAACUGACGGACCUCCAGGAGGACCUGAGUGAAACCAUGUCCAGGACUCAGGGCCAGGAGGAGAAGGCGGCCAUCUUUAAACAGAAGUACUGCGUUGCCAUGGAGAAGGUGCAGCAGCUCCAGGGACACAUAGAGUGUGUGGAGGAGGAGCUCAGAUACACACAACAACAGCUGACUGAAUCCAAGGCAGUGGUAGACAGGGUUAAGGCGGAGCUUACAGAGCUGGAAGGGCGCUACGAAGAAAAACUUGGCCAAUGGGAGCGCUCGGAGGAAGCCCUGGACCAACUGACUGACGAGCUGCAGGCCAAUCAGAUGGCUCUGAGGGAGGGGCGUGAGAGAGUGGAACAGUGUGAAGGAACCAUACAACAUCUACAGCAAGAGAUACUGAAGUAUGAGAGUUCUCUGAAGUCCUACCAACAGAAUUACUCCUACUCUGAUGAGCAGUAUUGUGCCUUACAAAGACAGAGACUACAACUGCAGAAGCAAUCCACAGAGCAGGUAGAGCGCUUGGCCAAUUGCGAACAGGCCCUGCUACAGAUGAGGGCAGAGUAUGUUCGCAGGGAGGAGGAACUAGAGAAGCAGAGCCAGGAGAAGGCGGGGCUAGAGAGAACCCUGCAAUUUCUUCACCUGGACCUGGCCGCCUCCCACCGCAAACAUCUGGUCACUCACACACAGCUGGAGCGGGAAGUGACACAGCUACAGGAGGAAGUGACACGCCUACAGGAGGAGCUGGUCGACACCCACGACACCUGUACACAGAGACAACAGACCAUCCAGGGGCAGGAUGUCUUGCUCCAGCAAGUUGAGGAGGACCUGAAGGAAACCAAGCUGCUCCUUCAGAGGAGAACCAAGGAUCUGAAGGAGGAGAAAGUCUGGGUGCAGAGGCUCAGAAAGGAGGCGCAGGAGCAGAGAGAGGAGGAACACAGAGUUGGUGAGGAGGCCAAGGAGAUGCUAAAGAGGAAAUGCAGGGAGCUGGAGGAAGAGAAAGAGGAGGUGAAGAGGAGAAGCAGGGAGCUGGAGGAAGAGAAAGAGGAGGUGAAGAGGAGAAGCAGGGAGCUGGAGGAAGAGAAAGAGGAGGUGAAGAGGAGAAGCAGGGAGCUGGAGGAAGAGAAAGAGGAGGUGAAGAGGAGAAGCAGGGAGCUGGAGGAAGAGAAAGAGGAGGUGAAGAGGAGAAGCAGGGAGCUGGAGGAAGAGAAAGAGGAGGUGAAGAGGAGAACCAGGGAGCUGGAGGAAGAGAAAGAGGAGGUGAAGAGGAGAACCAGGGAGCUGGAGGAAGAGAAAGAGGAGGUGAAGAGGAGAACCAGGGAGCUGGAGGAAGAGAAAGAGGAGGUGAAGAGGAGAACCAGGGAGCUGGAGGAAGAGAAAGAGGAGGUGAAGAGGAGAACCAGGGAGCUGGAGGAAGAGAAAGAGGAGGUGAAGAGGAGAACCAGGGAGCUGGAGGAAGAGAAAGAGGAGGUGAAGAGGAGAACCAGGGAGCUGGAGGAAGAGAAAGAGGAGGUGAAGAGGAGAACCAGGGAGCUGGAGGAAGAGAAAGAGGAGGUGAAGAGGAGAACCAGGGAGCUGGAGGAAGAGAAAGAGGAGGUGAAGAGGAGAACCAGGGAGCUGGAAGAGGAGAAAGAGGAGGUGAAGAGGAGAACCAGGGAGCUUGAGGAAGAUAAAGAGGAAGCGCAGACACUCAAAGAGGCCCUGUUGGAACUACGCAGGAGUCACAGACAGACAGUGGAGGAGCUGUCAUGUUGUGGAGAGGAGGUUUGGAGGUUGGAGGGGAGUGUGAGAGAAGGAAGACAGGCAGAGGAGAGGACGAGGCUGACAGUGGAGAGGUUGGAGAGGCAGUCUGCAGAGCUGAGACUGGCCCUACAGCAGGCCAUGGAGAACACACUUAACACACAGAGAGACAACCACACAACACAGGAACAAGUGAAGACAUUGGAGGAGGAGAACAACUCAUUGACCAAUCAGGUGAGGACUUUGGAGGAGAAGUACAGCUCGUUGACCACUCAGCUGCUGAGGUCAGAGAGCCGUGGCCAAGACGACGUCCAGCGGCUAGCCAAUCAGGAGGAGUGUCUGGUCGUACUGAGGACAGAGUCAGAGACGCUACAGGAGAAGUACAGCAGCAAGGUGCAGGAGCUGGACACACUGCGGUUGGAGGUGGAGGGGGCGUACUCUGACAACGUGCACCUCCGCCAGGAGAGCCAGGGGGUCAUGGCCAACGUCAACCGCUGGGUCAAAGAGCAAAGGGUUGCCAGUGAGAGUCUAGCUGCUAAGAUCAGAGGUCAGAACAAGGUGCUGCUCAUCAUCAGUGAGGAGAAACAACAUCUUCAGGAGGCUAACAGGGCCCUAGAGGAGGAGCUGAGGAAAUUGGGAGAUGAGGGGGAGGAGAAGGAGAGAGAGAUGGAACGCUUAAAGGCCCAGGUUCAAGACCGGGGUCAACAGCAGGAGGAGGAGAGGGAGAGCUUUGUGACCACCAACCUGAGUCGGAUCCAGUACAUGCAGGUCAGACUGAGAAGCAACCUGGAGGCUAUAGGCUUGCUCAACAAACAGCUGAGUGCUCUGGGAGGAGAGAACGAGAGAUUGCGUCUGCAGCUGGAGGAGGAGAGAGCAGAGCGCAGACGAAUGAUACCGCCAACCAACCACCGGAGGGGUACCUCCCUCCUUCCCCUCUCCCUCACCCACGGGUCUUCCUCCUCCCUUCCCUCCCUCUCCCCCUCUCUGGAUAGAGACACAGGAUACCCUCCCCCUGCCUCCCACCUUUCCCCCUUCCCUUUUCACCACCCCCCCAGCCACAGCCCCAGUCCCAGGCCAGGGGAGAAGGACAGUGCCCUGACCCGAGCAGAGUUGAGCGUGGCUGGGCCGCGGGAGCCAGGCGAGGCCCAGGCUGUUAAUGAGGCCUACUGGGUGAGGAGGGUGGGAGAACUAUCAGUACAGUUGCAGGACAGAGAGCUCUACUGGUCAGGUAGGAUCAACCACCUCGCUACAGAGAUACGACAGACCAAGGACGCUUCGCCCCUCACCUGACCUCCCGCUGACCUCUAAACCCUGUUCCCUGUAUGACCCUGUUCCCUGUAUGACCCUGUUCCCUGUUCACUGUAUGACUGUGUACCAUGUGCUGCAAAUGUUGACAUUUACAUCUAUUUUGAGUUUGCGCGUCAUUUGUGGUUAGUGUGAGUGUGUGUGCAUGUUCCUGCACUCAUAUAGUGCCUUGUAACAUGGAGACUAUUGUAGUAAUAUUGAUCGUUAUUGUUGUCUCUCUGAGUUCCAGUUUGAUAAUGAAUCCAAAUUUUUAAAAAAUCCCGUUUUAUGUUUAAAGUUGUCACUGAAAGCCAGAUAGUUGUCACUGAAAGCCAGAUAGUUGUCACUGUAGGCCAGAUAGUUGUCACUGAAAGCCAGAUAGUUGUCACUGAAAGCCAGAUAGUUGUCACUGAAAGCCAGAUAGUUGUCACUGAAAGCCAGAUAGUUGAGACUGUAGGCCAGAUAGUUGUCACUGUAGGCCAGAUAGUUGUCACUGUAGGCCAGAUAGUUGUCACUGUAGGCCAGAUAGUUGAGACUGUAGGCCAGAUAGUCGAGACAGUAGGCCAGAUAGUUGUCACUGUAGGCCAGAUAGUUGUCACUGUAGGCCAGAUAGUUGUCACUGU